GUGUUUCUAACACCACCGUUCCAACAAGUUGUACUUAAGGAUCCCUCGUAAUCCAGUGAAGGAAAGAUUUAGAAUACAUAUAUUCGCCAUUGAAUAGAAAACCACUUACUGAACCGCCAAUAACAAGCUACGCCGUCUCGUUUAACUAUGGAUGCAAACAAUGGAAAUGAAGUGGAUGGGAAUCUCAGUCCAACUCCCGUGAAUGGUGAACGUGUUGCAAUUUUGGAUGCUGGGGCACAGUAUGGAAAGGUAAUUGAUCGCAGAAUAAGAGAACAAUGUGUGGAAUCUGAAAUUCUACCACUCGAGACUCCAGCUGCAGUUUUGCUUCAACAAGGCUUUAAAGCAAUUAUUAUUUCUGGGGGUCCUAAUUCAGUCUAUGCGGCUGAUGCACCGCAAUACGAUUCUGCAAUUUUUACAUGUGGUCUUCCUGUGCUUGGAAUUUGCUAUGGAAUGCAAUUGCUCAACAAGGAACUAGGUGGAACUGUGGAGAGGAAGGAUGUUCGUGAAGACGGUCAGUUCGAGAUCCAAGUUGAAACGGAGUGUCCGUUGUUCAAGGGAUUGGAUACUCGACAAAAAGUGCUAUUGACGCAUGGUGAUAGCGUCGAUAAAGUUGCAGAUGGCCUGCAUUGCGUGGCGAAAUCUUCUCGCCACGUUAUUUCUGCAAUCGCUGAUUCUGAACGCCGUCUUUACGGAGUCCAAUUCCAUCCUGAAGUCGAUUUAACGGAAAACGGGCGGAAGAUGUUGCAUAAUUUCUUGUUCGAAAUCUGCGGACUGAAAGGAGGUUUCACUUUAGAGAAACGUGAGCAGCAAUGUAUCGAUUACAUCCGGCGCACGGUCGGACGCGAUAAAAUUGUGCUCAUGCUGGUCAGUGGCGGGGUCGAUUCCGCUGUCUGUGCAGCUCUCCUUCAUAAAGCACUUCAGCAGGGUGAAGACUCCUCACGGGUGCAGGCCAUUCACAUCGACAACGGCUUCCUGCGAAAAGACGAAUCUGAGCAGGUCGUCACUAGUUUGCAGCAACUUGGUCUCAAUCUUCGGGUUGUGAAAGCUAGUUUAACUUUCUAUGAUGCGUCCACCAACGUACACGGUCGGCAAACCUUGUCUCUGUGUCGGACCGUUAAUCCCGAAGAGAAACGUCGGAUCAUUGGCGACACUUUUGUCAAAGUGGCUGAUAGGACGGCAAAUGACUUGAACCUCACUUGGGAUAAUUUGCUUCUUGGACAGGGUACUUUGAGGCCGGAUUUAAUUGAAUCGGCAUCGCACAUGGCUUCUUCUCGUGCUGAUGCCAUCAAGACCCACCACAACGAUUCGGAAAUGGUCCGUCAGUUGCGUCAUCAUGGCCGAGUUGUGGAGCCUCUUAAAGAUUUCCAUAAGGAUGAAGUGAGAGCUCUAGGUCGUGAGUUGGGUCUACCCGCCGAACUACUUGAACGUCAUCCAUUUCCAGGCCCCGGUUUGUCAAUUCGAAUUAUUUGCGCCGAGGAAUCGUUUAUGGAAGCCGAUUUUGGUGAAACACAAGUGCUGAUCCGCUUAAUGGUUGAUUAUGCUAACAUGGCGGCCAAGGAACAUGCACUGCUCAACCGGAUUGAAGUUGCUACUUCAGAGGAGGAUCGCCAACUUUUGGAAGAACUUUCCAACCGCAACCAGUUUGUUGCUACGUUACUACCCAUCCGCACUGUUGGUGUUCAGGGGGAUUGCCGAACGUACAGUUACUGUGUGGCACUGAGCUCUGAUCAAACACAAAUCAACUGGGAAGAUCUUGCCGCCUAUGCUCGCCUAAUACCCCGUGUAUGUCAUAAUGUUAACCGCGUUUGCUACAUUUUUGGCAAAGCUGUUCGCGAGCCGGUGACAGACGUUACUCCAACUUACCUAACGAAUAAUAUUUUGGCAACUCUGAGAGAGGCGGAUUAUUUAGCUAAUAAAAUAUUCCGAGAGUCUGGUUGUUACAAGAAGAUCGCUCAGAUGCCAGUAGUAUUAAUCCCUCUCCACUUCGACCGGGACUCGAGUCAACGGAUUCCAUCAUGCCAACGCUCGGUCGUCUUUCGACCUUUCAUUUCCCAAGAUUUCAUGACUGGACUACCUGCAAUUCCUAACACGCAUUUGCCGCAAGAGGUUGUAGACAAGAUGGUUGAAGCUGUCCUGACCGUUCCUGGAAUUUCUAGGGUCUUGUACGAUUUGACGGCCAAACCACCUGGGACAACAGAAUGGGAAUGAUUUGAGUGUGACAACAAACUGUUGCCAAGGAAGUGAUCUCCGCAAUCUUUUGAUACGGAGCUGUAUCAUUGACCAGAAUUAGAUGGGAACUAUAAUUAACACAGUGGAUUCAGUAUAGAAUUUCGAAAUUGAAAAAAAAAAAAAAAAAAUCAGCUUUCGUCGUCUGUGAAAACCUCUUUGACUGUUGUUGAUAUGGAAUUCAUAUGAUCACCCGGUUGACUAUUCCUUAAAUAUACAUGCACACAUGUUUGAGUUAA